AUGUCAAAGACAAAAACAAUAACAUUAUCAAAAUCGACAACAUCUACUAAAAAAAAUUCGAAUAAAAGAGCUAAAGAUCCAAAUGCACCAAAACGAUAUCGAACAGGUUAUAUUUUAUUUUCUGUUGAAAAACGUGAUGAAAUUAAAAAUGAAAAUCCAGGAUUAUCAGCAAAAGAAAUUAUAUCAGAACUUGGUGCUCAAUGGAAAGCUGCUGAUGCUGCAACUAAACAACGUUUUCAAAAAUUAUCUGAUAAUGAAAAAGCCGAAUAUGAAGAAAAAAUGGCCGCUUAUAAAAGUGAAAAAAAUGAUAAAGAAUCAGCAAAAGAAAAUCAAAAGAAGAAAAAAUCUUCUAAAAAAGAUGAAGUUAUGGAAAAUGGACAUGACGAUUCAAUGGAAGAUUAA